CGGACUCCAUUUCCAGACAGCAAGGAGGGAAGAGACGUUAGCAACCGGCAAGAGCGCCUUAACUACGACAGAGCCUCUCCCCGGGAGAAACCCGCCUUGUGACGCGUCCCAAACCCCGAAAACACCGCGCCGAGACAAGAGAAAUACCUUCUUAACCGUCGCCGCUUCGGUUUUGCAAGAGUUUAUAUUGAAAAAAAAAACACAAACACAAAAUGGAGCCCGAAAGCAAGUACCUGCCAGAGCUGCUGGCGGAGAAGGACAGCUUGGACUCGUCUUUCACUCACGCCAUGAAGCUCAUAUCCGCGGAAAUUGACAGGAUUCAAAAAGGGGAGCCAAAGAAAGACGAAGAAGACUCCUAUCUGGACCUUUUUGCACACAAGAACCUCAAACUGAAAGAGAGGGUCCUUAUUCCAGUAAAACUAUACCCAAAGUUUAACUUUGUGGGAAAAAUUCUGGGACCCCAAGGAAAUACAAUCAAGAGACUUCAGGAAGAAACUGGAGCCAAGAUUUCGGUUCUUGGGAAAGGAUCAAUGAGGGACAAAGCAAAGGAGGAAGGUCUACGAAAAGGUGGCGAACCAAAGUACGCCCAUCUGAGCAUGGAGCUGCACGUAUUUCUGGAAGUUUUUGCUCCAGCACCUGAAGCCUAUUCACGCAUGGCUCAUGCGAUGGAGGAGGUGAAGAAGUUCUUGAUUCCUCAGGAAAUGAUGGACGAUAUCUGCCAGGAGCAGUUCAUGGAGAUGGGCUACCUGAAUGGAGGGCAGGAGCCUGGCUCUCGAGGGAGAGGAGGGCCCCCUGGGAGAGGUCGCGGAGCUCCACCCCUACAAGCAGCUGGUGGCAGGGGGCGUGGCAUGCCACCACGUGGAGGUGCCCCGCGAGGUGGUCCGCCCAGGGGCGGCUCUGUUAGAGGAGGGCCCUCUGGUCGUGGGGGACCCCCAGCCCAAUCUGCCAGAGGAGGGGCCCCAGCAUCCCGAGCUAGGCCUCCUGCCCCUGGUGUGCAGAGAAUGUCUGCUCCUCACCCACCUGCUCCAGAGCCCUACGAAGAAUACGCAUAUGAAGAUAGCUAUGCAGAACCAAGUUAUGAAACCUAUGAGAAUUAUUACACCCAACCCCAGGCGGAUACAGAGUAUUAUGACUACGGGCACGGAGAGGCCCAGGAUGCUUAUGAACCAUAUGGUCAGGAUGACUGGAAUGGAACAAGAGCAUCCAUGAAGGCACCCCCAACCAGGCCAGUGAAGGGUGCUUACAGAGAGCAUCCCUAUGGUCGAUACUGAAAGGGGAAAUGAAAAAGACCAGCAAUUUGAAUAAGCACAUUGCUCACUGAUUUCUUCUGUCUCCCGUGGCCACUGUCGCUUUACCUACAGACAAAAGUAAUUGUCCAUUUGUUUUCUACUCUGGACUUUAAACAUAAGAGAAAGAAACUGCUUAUGUACGCAUUGGAACGUAUUCAAACAAUCUUAGCAGUUAAGCAACACACGGCUAAACUUUUGUUCAAGUUUUUUUUUUUUUCAUUUAAACACCUUGACAGUUUUGUUUAAGUACCCUUUUUAAAAAAAAUAAAAUAAAAUGCUUGAAUGAAGAAAUCUAGAUUGAUAAAAUGAAUUAUUUGCUUAAGACUGUGUAGUUUAACAUCCUGGAAGUUUGAAGGUUUUUUUUUCUAGAUUAUUUUAUUUUGUUUUGCUUUUUAAAUGAAUCCGUGCUUUAAAAUUGCAGUUGCAGAUUCCCAUUUAGGCUACAUUUCAAAAUUCUCUAAUUAAAAAAAAAAAAAGUGAAAUAUAUGUACAAAAACAUAACCCUCAAACUAAUCCUUUUCUACUUUAAGUGAAGUAUAUAAUACAGGCAAAAUCUUUAAUUUUCCAGCCAGUGCUGUCCUAAAGAACUUCAUUUUAAAUAGUUUCUUAAAAGGUGUUCAUUUAAAGUUUAGGAAUCCUAUCUUUUUGGAUUAAGAGUUUUGAAAUAUAGUCCCAGUAGACCCUGUUGCGAUGUCCUGACUGCUGAGAAAUUGUUCCCUCGAUACUUGAACAAGUUAAAGUAACAGUUCACUGCUAAUGGUAAAUCUUCACGCGGCUAUGCAGAUGUAAAGUACUGGUUUUGGCGAGAGGUGGAUUAAAAAGCACACACGUGAAAUACCUGAAUUUGCAUUAGUCUGAAGGAUUGACACAUCCCCACAGGGUCUACAGAUGCUUACAAAGAAGGGACACUGCAGCUAAACCCCGAAACUGUAUAUACUUUAAACUUCAAAUAAGAACUGUAUUUUGCCAUUUAAAGUUGUACCUUCUCCAUAAAAUGCAUAAUGCUCCUUGUGUAAGCUUGGCUAAAUAGGUAACUAAAUCUGUCCAAAAAUGUUUUUGCAGCAGUUUGUCAAUAAAGUUUAGUCUUUUUUUUAUCAAACUA